UUUGUGAAUAUUUUUAUGUCAUUGCUUUUCAUGUAGUCCUAAUUUCACCAGUUCCUAGAAAAGAAAAGAAAAGGAGGAAAAAAUAAUGGAACAACAAAAUUGGAAAAUGAAUUUCAUUUAAUUUUUUCUUUUUGUUCUUCAUUUCCAAUCCCAAAUGGGAACCAAGCGGUUUGUGUAAGGAAUUGUUUGGAACUCUACGGCUCCACCUACCUGAAACAAAUUUUGAAUUUUUUUUCCCUUUUUCCCUUUUCUUCAAGAGGAAAACUUGAAGCAACAACAUCAACCAAAACACCCUCUUCGUCAAGUUCUUUCUCUCUUUCCUUUCCUCUCUCUCUCUUUCAUUUCAAUUUUUCAUUUUUUUUUUUUUACAACUUUUUUGGGUUUUUCGAAACAGAGUGAGGGGAAAGGAAUAGUUUCAAAGAAAACCAGAACGGAACAACCAAAACUGCUUUCUAUCUUACAUACCCAUCGUUUCUUUUUGCCCCUUUUUUUUGUUGUUUUUGUUAGACUUCUUCGUAAUCUUCCCUUCUUCUUCUUCUUCUUCUUCUUCUUCUUCUUCCCUUCUUUUGUUAAUGGAGGUUUGUUUUUCAACGGAAUUACCCUCUUUUGACAUGACGAUUGCUGUUGCUGAGUUUGUUUCUUGAGAUUGUUCUGUGUUUUUUCCCUUCUAAAAUCAUUCGAAUUUUAUCAUACCUUCGCUCUAUUAGCUUCUUCUGCUCUGUUUCUUCUUCUUCUUCUUUUCUUUAUACUUUAUUUGGCCCACUAGUUUUUCCGAAUUCUAAUCGAUUUCUGGAAUCUGGGUAUAUAAGAAUCUUAUAUACCCUUUUGAUUUUGGGGUUUUCAAUUUAGUGGUUUUGGUUUAGAGAAGGUGGUGUCUUUUGGGUUGAGAGUGAGGUAAAUUUGGGGGUGGAAUUUUGUGAAAUUUUGGAAUUUGAAGUAGUGGGGUUUUGGCAAAAUGAUGUUAUCUGCAUCGCCAUCGACGAUAGCUCGAAGCUCACUGGAGGAAAUGCUUGAUUCUCUUCGACGAAGGGAUGAGAUUGAGAGGCCUAAAGACUUGCCGCCUGCAUUGCCGUCUCGGCCCACUUCGAAGGCUCGGAUUCCGCCGGUAAAGCGGGCUUUACCCGUCAAUUUCAGGGUUAAUGAUGACGGUUCCUCAGAGUGCUCUAUUAACGUCUUUAAUGGAAAGGAGGAUGCAAUAAGGAAGGAGAAUGGUUUGGGUAACUUUGCAUUCAGGAGAACAAAUAGAGAUCAAGAUGAUGAAUCGCCUUACAUGGUAGCUUCAAAAAAUGAUAAUAGAGAUCAAGUGAAUGUUGCUUCUGCUUUACUUUCACAUAUUCGAAGCUCCAACUGGGAGGACAAUAUCAGUUAUUUUCUUCAGAAGAAACUCCGGGUUUGGUGUCAACUUCCAACUGGACAAUGGGAGUUAGGAACUAUACAGUCAAACAGUGGGAUGGAGGCAUGUAUCAUGCUCUCAAACAAAAAGGUUGUUAAAGUUUCAACAGUAGAUCUUUUACCUGCUAAUCCAGAUAUAGUGGAGGGGGUUGAUGAUCUUGCACAGCUCGGUUAUUUGAACGAGCCUUCGGUUAUUCACAGUCUCCAGCGAAGAUUUUCUCAGGAUAAAAUUUAUAGUAAUGCAGGGUCAGUUUUGAUUGCAAUCAAUCCGUUGAAAGACACUAAACAGUAUGGAAAUGAAUUAAUUACAGCCUAUAGACAAAGAGUUAUGAACAACCCUCAUGUUUAUGUUAUAGCUGAUUCUGCCUAUUCUGCGAUGAUGCAAGAUGAAGUUAACCAAUCUAUUAUCAUCAGUGGAGAAAGUGGAGCUGGCAAAACUGAGACAGCAAAAGUUGCCGUUCAAUACCUGACUGCUCUUGGAGGUGGCAACGGCAUAGACGAUAGAAUCCCACAGGCAAAUGUUAUACUGGAAGCGUUUGGGAAUGCUAAAACCUCCAGAAACAACAAUGCCAGCAGAUUUGGGAAGUUGAUUGAAAUUCUUUUUAGCAGAACAGGGAAGAUAUGUGGUGCUGUAAUCCAGACAUUUCUGUUGGAAAAGUCAAGAGUUGUUCAGCUCGUCAAUGGUGAGAGAUCAUUUCAUGUCUUUUAUCAACUUUGUGCUGGAGCACCAUCUACACUUAAAGAGAAAUUGAAUAUCAGAGUGCCCAGUGAGUACAGUUACCUUAAUCAGAGUGAAUGUCUGGUGAUUGGUGGUGUGGAUGAUGCACGGAAAUUUCAUACUCUUGUGGAAGCCCUAGAUAUACUUAAAUUCACAAAAGAAGAUCAAGAGCAUGCAUUUGGUUUGCUUGCUGCGGUUUUGUGGAUAGGAAACAUUACGUUUCAAACAAUUGAUAGUGAAAAUCAUGUGGAGGUCAUGGCUAAUGAAGCGGUCGCUAAUGCUGCCAAGCUGAUGGGUUGCAGUCCCAAUGAGCUUAAGUUAGUUUUGUCGACCCAGAAAGUGCAAUCAGGCAACAAUAGUAUUGCUACAAAAAUGACUUUACGACAGGCAACCGAUGCUAGAGAUGCUUUGGCAAAAUUUAUCUAUGCGAGCUUGUUUGACUGGGUUGUAGAACAGAUCAACAAGUCACUUAAACCAAGAACGGAGCAUUCUGGAAGAUCCAUAAAUAUCCUAGACUUCUAUGGGUUUGAGUCAUUUAAGAAGAAUGGCUUCGAACAAUUUUGUAUCAAUUAUGCAAACGAGAGACUGCAGCAGCAUUUUUGUAGGCACGUGUUCAAACUUCAGCAAGAGGACUACGAAUUGAAUGGUGUUGAUGGCACAAAAGUCAACUUUGAAGACAAUCUACAGUGUUUGAAUCUUAUUGAGAAGAAACCACUUGGAGUUCUAGCUUUGUUGGACGAAGAGUUAAAUUUUACCAAAGCUACUGAUCUGACAUUUGCUAAUAAACUAAAGCAACACUUUAAAUCUCAACCUCACUUCAAAGGGGAAAGAGGCAGGGCUUUUGGUGUUCGCCAUUAUGCUGGAGAGGUUGUAUACGAUACAAAUGGGUUUUUGGAGAAGAACAGAGAUCUGCUGCAUUCAGAUGCCAUCCAACUCUUUUCAUCAUGUACUUGCAAGCUACUGCAAUUACUUGCCUCAAAAAUGAUUAACCAGUCCCACAAACCAACAGUUUCAAUGUGCUCUACAAAAAUAGUAGAAUCCCCUGAGCCAGGUGUUGGAACCAAGUACAAGGUUCUACUAUUUGACCUAUUUCAUAAAUUGGAGAGCACCAACCAUCAUUUCAUUUGUUGCAUAAGGCCGAACAGAAAUCAAGUUGGUGGCUCAUUCGAGGAGGACCUUGUCUUACAACAGCUUAGAUACUUUGGAAUUUUGGAGGUUGUCAGAAUUUCAAGAUCUGGAUAUCCUACCAGGAUGACGCAUCAAGAAUUUGCUGGAAGGUAUGGAUUCCUCCUUAAAGAAACCAGUGUAUCUCAAGAUUCAUUGAGUAUAUCAAUUGCUGUUCUGCAACAAUUUAAUGUCCACCCAGAGAUGUACCGUGUUGGCUAUAUCAAACUAUUUUUCCGUACAGGGCAGAUUAGGGCAUUGGAUGAAAGGAAGAAGCAAGUUAUGCAGGGCAUCUUAGGAAUACAAAAGUACUUUCGUGGUUGCCAUGCCCGUGGAAACUUCCAUGAUCUUAAGCAAGGGGCCACUACCUUACAAUCAUUUAUUCGUGGUGAAAAUGCCAGAAGGAGAUGUACCGUGAAGAGGUUCUCAUUUGUUGUGUAUGCCUUCAGCGUUCCUAAGAAGGUCUAUGAAGUUCAGGCAGUCAUACGAUUACAAUCUGUAAUACGUGGUUCGUUGGCUCGAAAGCAUUUAAGCAUGCUUGAUUCAAAGAAGUUUAUUGAAAACAAAAAAUCUAAAUUGAACAAAGGCAGAAGGGUUUCAGAGGAAAAGUUUCAAGAACGGGCUCAAUCCCUACCAACAAGUCUGACUGAGCUUCAAAAGAGGGUUGUGGAGGCAGAAGCAACCAUAGAGAAAAAGGAAGGGGAAAAUGCCGCACUGCGGGAGCAAGUAAAACAAUUCGAGUCUAGGCGGCUAGAAUAUGAAGCUAAGAUGAAAUCCAUGGAGGAUAUGUGGCAAAAGCAGAUGGCAUCUUUGCAAAUGAGUCUUGCUGCUGCUAAGAAGACACUUGCUGCUGAAAAUGCAGCCCCACCUGGAAGAGUUGAUGCUGGUAACUCACCACCUCACUAUUACGAUUCUGAGGACAUGACGUCCAUGGGAUCUCGAACUCCUGGUGGUACAACACCUACGAAAGCCUCUGGAAUCUCUGAAGGGGGAACAGGCCGAGAAAUGAAUGGUACUGUAGUUGCAGUCAACAAUCUUGUAAAGGAAUUUGAACAGCGUAAAACUGCAUUUGACGAUGAUGCUAAAGCUUUAAUUGAAGCAAAAUCAGGUUCUGAUGCAAAUCCAGAUGAAGAAUACCGUAAAAUUAAAGCCCGAUUUGAAGCAUGGAAAAAAGAGUACAAGGCUAGAUUACGGGAAACAAAAGCUAAGGUUCAUCAUAAACAUGGUCAUUUCGAAGUUGAUAGGCUUCGUCGAAAAUGGUGGGGAAAGUUCAGCUCAAAAGCAUCAUAACCUGUCAGUUUUGGACAAGUUGAUUCAGUUCAGCUUAAGUUGAUUCAGUUCAGCAUUGUGAAUGAAUAGAUAUGUUUCGACAAGGUGUGGAGAGAAUUGUCAAGUUGUCUUCAGACAAUCGACAACUUGUGGGUGUUGAAGCUGAACCUGACAAAGCCGAGAAAUGUGUCACCCAUUCAUGGGAUGGAAGGGAGAGUGUUCAGAAGAUUGUGUAUAGCUAAAUAGUGAUUUGCUGAGAGAUUUCAGAACCAUCAUCUCCGCUGCAUAGUUUAGUUUGUGUAUAGUUUCUCUAUUGUCAUUAUAUUUAGUUUGAAAGUAUAGAUCUUGAUAGUUUGUAGCAAAGGAAUAGAAGAAAGUGUUCAUAUUGUUUGUACUACUGAAUAGAGUGAAUGAGCUCCAUUAUUUUAUGGAAAGCUUAGUUUACUGGUAUUCUUUGCACUCAUUUAUCAGUUGUCAUUAGUUUCUUCUCUGAAGCUACAAAAUCUAUUACAAUCCAUUUUUCCACUUUCC